UCGUCCAAUGAGCAGUGAUGUUCUCCUUUGUUGUCAAACGUGCACUGACGGCAGAGCUGAGCGAUUCGGGGGACAGGCUAUCAACUUGAGUUAGCUUACCAAUAAGAUGGAGGUAGAGCAGCUCCUCUCUCUCUCAGGCCCGGCGUUGGCCCAGGCUGUAAGUUCUCUGCUGGAGACACCCGGCCUCUACGUGUUCUCAGACAUCCUUGAGCUGCCCAACGUCAGAGAGCUGGAGACAGGCCCGCACGCACCAGUGUAUCAGCUACUCAACCUCUUCGCCUAUGGAACCUACUGUGACUAUAAAGAGAGGGCAGCCUCUCUCCCAGAGUUGACCCCAGCCCAGAGGAACAAACUGCGUCACCUCUCCAUCAUCAGUAUGGCAUCCAAUCUCAAGUGCCUGCCCUACUCCCUGCUCCUGCAGCAGCUGGAGCUGAAGAACGUGCGGGAGCUGGAGGACCUGCUGAUCGAGGCGGUCUACUGUGACAUCAUUCAGGGCAAGCUGGACCAGAGGAACCAGCAGGUGGAGGUGGACUGCAGCGUGGGCCGAGACCUGGGGCCCAACGAGCUGCCCAACAUAGCCAACACACUGCAGGAGUGGUGUUCAGGGUGUGAGGCGGUCCUGUGUGGGAUCGAGGAGCAGGUAACCAGAGCCAAUCAAUACAGAGAGAGCCAGCUGAAGGUCAAAGUUCAGGUGGAGACAGAGGUGUCAAACCUCCAGAAAACGCUAAAGGCCAGCUCCGCCUCCCCGUCAUCCGGCCCCGCCGCCGCGGGAGCCGCAUCCAAUCAAGAUGCAGACCAGCCGGCCGAGCCACGAGACCCUGCCUCCUCUCAGGAACCACGGCAACCGGGCAAGAAGAGUUCAAAGGUCAAGGGGUAAGUAAGGCUCCGCGGAAGUGGGAAGAUCUGGUCCAAGUCCAACUGAAGGCAGAGAGAGAGACCCGGAACACCCCCACUGAUCCACUGACAGAUGGACGGACUGACACACAGGUUGACAGACACGUAGACUCACACAGACUCAUAGACUGAUAAUGUGACCAAUGCACAGACAGACAGACAGAUUUACACACAUCGUACACAUUCACGCAAACACACACACACACAAAUAUAUACAGACACUGAGUCAGACAGACACACUUGCAGUGAGUGACAGACUGACACCCAUUCUGAUAGGUGUGUACACACACAACCAGACAGACAGACGGACUAUCUGCACUGUGUAUAUACACAGACCCAAACCCAUUCUAACAUGUACACAGAGUAUAAUCUGCACUGGGCAAAGCUUUGCUGCUGUCGGUCUUGUCAGGAGAAGCAGAGCCACAAGCAGUGAAACCGAAUGUGUGUAUUUGAUGUGUGUAUGUGUGUACUCUUGUGUUACACUUUUUGUUUGUUUGUAUUUUUUUCUGCUGAGGAUUGAGUUAAGACAUGUAUAAAAUCAGGAUAUUAAUUAAUUGUUGGUAUUAAAUUGAACCCCUCUAUUCAUUUA